UCUUUAUUACCAACUCUAUUUCUAGAGUUUCUCCAAAAAUAAUUGUUUCUAGAGGACCAUUCAAAAAAAAAAAAAAAUAUUAAAUUAGGAAAAUAUUUAAAGAGAAAGAGAGGUCGUGCCGUGGUACCAAUGGUUUUAGACUUCCAGUUUUCACUACUUGAGUGCACAACCAUAGGCCAUAGGAAUAUAUAGACUUCUUUUAAUACUCGUAAUAAUACGGAGUAUUCGGAAGACUCUUAACUGAAUCCCCAAAAAAAAAAAAAAAAAAAAAAAAAAAAAAAAAAAAAUUAACGGGAUGAGAUCUGCAAACUUCAUUGUAUUUUCAUCGUCAUUUGCCCAAAUCAAAGUUCUAAAGAAUUCUUCUCUGUCUAAAAAAACCUAACAACCAAUCCUUGGUUUUGUUUUUAAAAAAAAAAAUAUAAAAAAAAAAAUCAGUUUUUUUAUUUGGGUUUCGAAGAAAAUUUCAUAUUCCCCUCCAAAAAGUGAACCAAUUACCGGCAUCUGGAAAAUCCCAGAAAAGGCAAACAGGGCCCUGAAUUGAGGAGAGAGAAAGAAGGGUUUGUUGUUGAAUGAAGAGGUGAUGUGAUGGGUGCUGCGGGUUCGAAGCUUGAGAAAGCUCUUGGUGAACAAUUUCCUGAGGGUGAACGUUAUUUCGGCCUCGAGAAUUUUGGCAACACUUGUUAUUGUAACAGUGUUUUACAGGCACUUUAUUUUUGUGUUCCAUUUCGAGAACAGUUGUUAGAAUACUUCGCAAAUAGCAGCAAAACUGUUGAUGCAGAGGAAAAUUGCCUGACAUGCUUGGCCGACCUCUUUUCUCAGAUAAGUUCGCAAAAGAAGAAAACAGGGGUCAUAGCUCCAAAGCGCUUUGUCCAGAGGUUGAAAAGGCGGAAUGAGCUUUAUCGCAGCUACAUGCAUCAGGAUGCCCAUGAAUUCUUGAACUUUUUGCUAAAUGAACUCGUUGACAUACUGGAGAAAGAAGCUCAGACAGAAGCUGAGAAAGAACCUGUGAUAGAAGCUGGGAAAGAAGCUCAGGCUACAAAAAUUGACCAAGCAACUUUAUCAUCUGAAAAAGUUGCAAAUGGACCAAAAAAUGCUCAGGCUUCUGCCUCUCAGAGAGAACCUUUAGUUACCUGGGUACACAAAAAUUUUCAGGGAAUUCUUACGAAUGAGACAAGAUGCUUACGAUGUGAGACUGUCACAGCAAGGGAUGAAACCUUUUUUGACCUGAGCCUUGAUAUUGAGCAGAAUAGUUCAAUUACAAGCUGUCUAAAAAAUUUUAGUUCGAUCGAAACUUUGAAUGCCGAGGACAAAUUUUUUUGUGACAAAUGUUGCAGUUUGCAAGAAGCGCAAAAGAGGAUGAAGAUUAAAAGGCCACCCCACAUCCUAGUUAUCCAUUUGAAGAGGUUCAAGUUCAUUGAACAGUUGAGUCGCUACAAGAAACUAUCCUACCGUGUGGUAUUUCCUCUUGAGCUUAAACUGAGUGAUACUGUGGAAGAUUCAGAUAGAGAGUACUCCUUGUUUGCUGUUAUUGUCCAUGUGGGUAGUGGCCCUAAUCAUGGACACUAUGUUAGCCUCGUCAAAAGUCAUAAUCACUGGUUAUUCUUCGACGAUGAGAAUGUGGAAAUGAUUGAUGAGUCUGCUGUCCAGACAUUCUUUGGGUCAGCACAGGAGUACUCUAGUAACACAGACCAUGGGUACAUUUUGUUUUACGAGUCCCUUGGUCAAAGUAACACUAGCUAGGCACAAUUACCCAUCUAAUAGAACAUUUUUGUUUACAAUUUUUUGAUAUUUUUUCAAAUCCUUUCAUUCCUUUGUUUCUACUACUUGUCUUCUACCAUUGGGAUUAGGGUGUCAUUGGUUAGGUUGUGGAAAUGUAUACUGCUUAGGUGGUUGGCUUUUACUGGGCUUGUACAGGUUGACGUUGGAAUAUUGAAGACCCUCUGUCGAGUGAAAAGAAAAUAGCAGUGUAUAUCGAUGGUGGGAAAUUCUUCCACAAUUUUUGUUUGCCCUAAUUAUUUGGAUGAUAAGGUGUA